AGGCGGAGGAAGGAGAGAGGGGGGAGAUUGCUGAAGGGGCGGGACGCCAUCCCUAACUCGGCCUGGAUGGAGAGAAGGAGCUUGGAGCAGGCAAAGGAGAAAGGGGCAUUUUCAAGCUACGCCCUAUUUUAAAGGACAUCUUCACAACAGCUCCAGGUGUCCCAGGAGUGGUCCAGUUUAGGCCUCUUCUUUCAUCUCCUCCUGGCAGCACAAUGGCCUCCGAGACACCGUCUGUAGAAGGAGCAGAAAGAGCUGCCAGGCAGCCAUCCCAGGGCUUGAUGACCUUCCAGGCUCUCUUGACCUUCGAGGAGGUGGCUGUGUUUUUCACGGAAGAAGAGUGGGCCCUCCUGAAUCCCAGCCAAAGGGCUUUGCACAGGGAAGUCAUGGAGGACAAUUAUGAGACGGUGGCCUCACUUGAGUCAGACCUCAAUUCCUGUUGGAAAGGAGAAGAUCUGUUGGGAAGGAGAAGAGAGACAUCAUCAGAUGAUGUACAAAACAACGAGCUACGUAGGGAACCACAUAUGGAGUCGUCGGCAGCAGCCAAGCCUAAAGUUGGAAAAGAGAUGCUUGGAAAUCACAAGGGACCCAGAAUGCCUGAAAAAAGAACAUACACUGUGAUGAAAUCAUUUACAUGUCUGGAGUGUGGAAAGAGCUUCAGUCUGAGCUGUAACCUUACUACACAUCAGAAAACCCACGCAAGGGAGAAACCAUUUAAAUGCAGGGAGUGUGGAAAGUGCUUUAAUAGGAGGAGUAGCCUUUGCAGACAUUUGAGAACCCACACAGGAGAGAAACCAUUUGAAUGCAUGGAGUGCGGAAUGAAAUUUAGAGCAAACAGUAACCUUACUGAACAUCAAACGAUCCACACCGGGGAGAAACGGUAUCAGUGCAUGGAAUGUGGAAUGAGAUUUAGAGUGAGCAGUAAUUUUACUACACAUCAGAGGACGCACACCGGGGAGAAGCCGUUUAAAUGCAUGGAGUGCGGAAAGAGCUUUACACAGAGCAGUAAACUUACUGUACAUCAAAGAAAACACUCAGGGGAGAAGCCAUUUAAAUGCGUGGAGUGCGGAAAGAGCUUUACACAGAGCGGUAGCCUUACUAAACAUCAAAGAACCCACACACGGGAGAAAACGUUUGAAUGCAUAGAGUGUUGAGAGCACCUGAGUCUGAGUAGUCACCGUACUCAUCAUAAAAGAACUCGCAGAGGGGAGAAACCAUUUCAAUGCAGGGAGUGUGGAAAGAGCCUUAGAGUGAGCAGUAAGCUUACUUCACAUCGAAGUACACCCACACAGGGGUGAAGCCAUAUAAAUGCAGAGAGUGCAGAAAGACCUUUUGGCGGAGUAGUCGCCUCAUUCAUCAUCAGAGAAUCUACACCGGGGAGAAACCAUUUAAAUGCAUGGAAUGCGGAAUCCGUUAGAGUAGUCAGCUUACUUAAUCAGAGAAUCUACAUGGAGGGGCUUCUGGGGAAAGCUGUAGCACUGGAGAAAAUCUCUGAUUAAGACCUUGAGGGAUUCACUGCCUGUUGUGGUACACAGUCCUGAGAUUCCUAUGGAAUUCUGUUAUUCCAAGUAAAAGCAACAAGACCUUUGGUUUGAAGAAAUCCUGCUUAUGGCUGCUUUGCAUAGGCACACACCCAACACUCAUUAAUGCCUCUUUAACAGCCUAGUCCCCUACACAACCCAGGACUCAUCCAUAAUCUAUAACCGUGGUUCUCAAGCUCCUGUCUUCAAGGGCUGUCCUGAGUGACUGAGCAACUGCUGAGCAUAUUUCUGGACCACAAUGAUUAUUCUGAAGUGUAGCAAUCAUAACGUACUGUUUUAGAUGCUGUAAAGUGGUACCUCGAGUUAAAAACUUAAUUCACUCUGGAGGUCCGUUCUUAACCUGAAACUUCUUAACCUGAGGUUAACUUUAGCUAAUGGGGCCUCCCACUGCUGCCACGCCGCUGCUGCAAGAUUUCUGUUCUCAUCCUUAGGCAAAGUUCUUAACCCGAGGUACUAUUUCUGGGUUAGCGGAGUCUGUAACCUGAAGCCCGGAAUCUGUAACCCGAGGUACCACUGUAUAAGGAAUUCAAAUUUCAAACCAACAAAAUUCAGUGACAAUAAAGCAAUAAAGGUCCUCUUGAAAAAUCAGUGUGGAGAAUAUGAAAAAUACAUUUAAAACACAAUAGAAGUCUUUAAUGUGAUAGUUCCGCCACACAUUCUGUGGUCCACAAUCCUCAGUUUGGGAACCCCUGAUCUAUGCCUGGUUUUCACCUCAACUUACUAUCGGACCCCAUAUUUCAGCACAGGAGCUUAUAAGAUUUGGAAGGCUGGAAACAAUUUUCCAAGGGUGAACUUUUUGAAUGAACUUGGACUAGUUCAUUCUUGAUAAGGAUGAACUGGAACUAGUACUAGUUCCUUUCUAAAAUGGGUUUUCCAAGCACUGGCCCCAUAAAUCCCAUAGAAGCGGCUUCCCUUAGCAUAGUGGCUUGGAACAGGGAGCGGAAGUUCUGCUAGAUAUCAAGGCCUGUCCC